UAACAUUUCUGUACUUUAGCUAUUUACAAUUUAAGCACUUUCUGAAAAAUCAACAUUUGUAGUAUAGAGUUCGAAAUCGAGUAAUUUUAAGUGAGGAAGAAUCAGAAGACAUAAUGUCGCAGUACGCGCCCUUUAUAAAGCCCUACAUUGAGUACAAUCAGGAUGGCUGGGGACCGUGUGAGGUACCCGAGCUGGAGGUGCCCUAUCAGCCGUUCUGCAAAAGCGAUCGUCUGGGCAAGAUCAGUGACUGGAUGGUGCCGGUUCAGGAAAAGAAAUACGCUAACAAAUAUGCCUCGACCUUUGGUAGCAAUAAUAGCCACUAUGCGUAUUUUCAUGACGACGAUGAUGCCACCUUUCAUCUGGUGGAUGGCUCCAAUUUGCGUGACCUAAAGCCCUAUCAACGCAAUCGUUAUCGUCCCAAUCAGCGCAACAAUUUGCGUGCACAUGGGCGUAAUGCACGUGGCAAUGCUGCAGCUGGAGGCAGUGCUGGUGGGAUUGGCGGUGCCGGACUUGGGGCCAGCAACAAGUAUGGAAAGGGACGGGACCUGCGACGGGGUCACAUGGCACGUCGUUUUAUGCGCAAUGCCCCGGUGCGUCUCCGGGAGAGCUCGGUGCUUGUCCGCUCCGAUUGGGUGUCUGUCGAGGAGAUCGAUUUUCCACGUCUGCUCAAGCUGUCGCUGCCACAUGUCAAGGAGGGCUUGGAUGUGGUGACCUGUGGCACACUGGAGUACUACGACAAGCAAUGCGAUCGCAUCAACGUGAAGAAGGAGCGAACGCUGCAGAAGAUCGAUCGCAUCAUCAAUGUGCCCAGCACCAUCGAUGAUCCCAUCAUUCGUCGUCUGUCCAAGACAAUGGGCAAUGUGUUUGCCACUGAUGAUAUUAUUGCCACACUCAUGUGCUGCACUCGCUCCGUGUACUCCUGGGACAUUGUCAUUGAGAAACUGGGCACCAAGAUAUUUCUGGACAAACGCGACAAUGCGCAGUUCGAUCUGCUGACUGUGAAUGAGACGUCGCUGGAGCCGCCACAGGAUGAAGAUGGAUUCAUUAAUUCGCCGCAGAGUCUGUCCCUGGAGGCCACAUUAAUCAAUCAUAACUUCAGCCAACAGGUGCUCAAAAUUGGCGAUCAGGAGCCGAAGCACAAGUUCGAAGAGCCAAAUCCCUUCGAGACUCCUGGCGUCGAGUUGGCCUCAGUCGCGUAUCGCUAUAAGCAAUGGCAGCUGGGCGAAGAUGUGGUGCUCAUUGUUCGCUGCAAGCACAACGGAGUCAUUAAGACACCAAAUGGUGAGCUGCAGUUCCUGUCCAUCAAGGCGCUCAACGAGUGGGACUCGAAGGUGGCCAACAGCGUCGAGUGGCGCCAGAAGCUUGACAGCCAGCGUGGUGCAGUACUUGCCUCGGAGCUACGGAACAAUGCCUGCAAGCUGGCCAAGUGGACCGUGGAGGCGGUACUCGCCGGCUCCGAUCAGCUCAAGCUGGGCUAUGUCUCACGAGUCAAUCGCAAAGAUCAUUUGCGUCAUGUGAUUUUGGGCAUGCAACAGUUUAAGCCACAGGAGUUUGCCACACAAAUCAAUCUCAAUAUGGACAAUGCCUGGGGCGUACUACGUUGCCUCAUCGAUAUUGUAAUGAAGCAGCCGGAUGGCAAGUAUCUGAUCAUGAAGGAUCCCAACAAGCCGAUGAUCCGUCUCUAUGAAAUACCUGAGAAUGCCUUCGAUUCCGAUGGCAACGAUGACGAGGAGACCAGCGAUGACAAGCCAUUUGCCAAGUAAAUGUUUAAUUAAAUGUACAUUUUUCUUACACUUGUUUCUUUAAGGUUAUAUAGAACAUAUAUAAUUUAUUGUAUUUAAAUAAAACAUUUGUUGCGCAAGA